GCGACCUUAAUUCCACACUGUUUCAGGAAGUUCCACGUCACAUUUAGUUGUCCAUUGGAAAAAACUGGGUACGAUUGCUGAAAACUGACGAAUGUGAUAAUACACCAUUUUGACUGAAAGGAGACAAACCUUCCAAAGGAAUCAUGCCUCUCAGGCUGGACAUCAAGCGCAAGCUGACGGCCCGGUCAGACCGCGUCAAGAGCGUGGACCUCCACCCAACUGAACCAUGGAUGUUGGCCAGCCUUUACAAUGGCAGCGUGUGCGUCUGGAACCACGAAACACAAACCCUGGUGAAGACCUUUGAGGUGUGUGACUUGCCUGUGCGAGCCUCCAAAUUUGUUGCCAGGAAAAACUGGGUCAUUACUGGAGCAGAUGACAUGCAGAUUCGUGUCUUUAACUACAACACACUGGAGCGUGUUCACAUGUUUGAAGCCCACUCGGACUACAUCCGCUGCAUCGCUGUCCACCCCACACAGCCUUACAUCCUCACCAGCAGUGAUGACAUGCUCAUUAAGUUAUGGGACUGGGAGAAGAAGUGGACGUGCAGUCAGGUGUUUGAGGGCCACACACAUUACGUCAUGCAGAUCGUCAUCAACCCUAAAGACAACAACCAGUUUGCCAGUGCUUCACUGGAUAGAACCAUUAAGGUGUGGCAGCUGGGCUCGUCCUCUCCCAACUUCACCCUGGAGGGCCAUGAGAAAGGGGUCAACUGCAUAGACUACUACAGCGGAGGAGACAAACCGUACCUGAUCUCUGGGGCUGACGACAGACUGGUGAAGAUCUGGGACUACCAGAAUAAGACAUGUGUGCAGACGCUGGAGGGCCACGCUCAGAACGUGUCCUGUGUGAGCUUCCACCCAGAGCUCCCCAUCAUCAUCACUGGCUCAGAAGAUGGCACGGUGCGCAUCUGGCAUUCCAGCACCUACCGUCUGGAGAGCACACUGAACUACGGCAUGGAGCGCGUGUGGUGUGUGUGUGGCCUGCGCGGCUCCAACAACGUGGCGCUGGGCUAUGACGAGGGGAGCAUAAUCAUCAAGCUGGGUCGUGAGGAGCCAGCCAUGUCCAUGGACGCCAAUGGAAAGAUUGUCUGGGCUAAACACUCAGAGGUGCAGCAGGCCAAUCUGAAGGCCAUGGGUGACACAGAGAUCAAGGAUGGAGAGAGACUUCCUCUGGCUGUCAAAGACAUGGGCAGCUGUGAGAUCUACCCUCAGACUAUCCAGCACAACCCCAACGGCAGGUUUGUUGUGGUGUGUGGGGAUGGAGAGUACAUCAUUUACACAGCCGUGGCUCUGAGGAACAAGAGCUUCGGGUCAGCACAGGAGUUCGUCUGGGCCCACGACUCCUCAGAGUACGCAAUCAGGGAGUCCAGCAGUGUGGUCAAAAUCUUUAAGAACUUCAAGGAGAAGAAGUCUUUUAAGCCUGACUUUGGUGCAGAGGGUAUUUAUGGUGGUUUCCUGCUGGGCGUCCGUUCUGUGAAUGGCCUGGCUUUCUACGACUGGGAGAACACAGAGCUGAUUCGGCGUAUUGAGAUCCAGCCUAAACAUAUCUUCUGGUCUGAUUCUGGAGAGCUGGUGUGCAUCGGCACAGAGGAGUCCUUCUUCAUCCUACGCUACAUGUCAGAGAAGGUGGCCACCUCCCAGGAGACUAACGAGGGAGUAACCGAGGAUGGCAUCGAGGACGCUUUUGAGGUCCUGGGGGAGAUUCAGGAGAUCGUGAAGACGGGGCUGUGGGUGGGAGAUUGCUUCAUCUACACCAGCUCUGUCAACAGACUCAACUACUAUGUGGGAGGAGAGAUCGUCACCAUCGCUCACCUGGACAGGACCAUGUACUUGUUGGGCUACAUCCCUAAGGAUGACAGGCUCUACCUGGGCGAUAAGGAGCUGAACAUUGUCAGCUAUUCACUUCUGGUGUCCGUGCUGGAGUACCAGACGGCUGUCAUGCGAAGAGACUUCAGCAUGGCUGACAAGGUGUUGCCCACGAUCCCCAAAGAACAGAGGACCCGUGUGGCCCACUUCCUGGAGAAACAGGGCUUCAAGCAGCAGGCUCUGGCCGUGUCCACGGACUCGGAGCACAGGUUUGAGCUGGCCCUGCAGCUGGGAGAGCUGAAGAUCGCCUAUCAGCUGGCUGUGGAGGCCGAGUCGGAGCAGAAGUGGAAGCAGCUGGCAGAGCUGGCCAUCAGCAAGUGCCAGUUUGGGCUGGCGCAGGAGUGCCUCCACCACGCCCAGGACUACGGGGGUCUGCUGCUGCUGGCCACCGCCUCGGGCAACGCCUCCAUGGUGGGCAAGCUGGCCGAGGCCGCCGAACGCGAUGGCAAGAACAACGUGGCGUUCAUGACCUAUUUCCUGCAGGGGAAACUGGACCACUGCCUGGAACUCCUAAUCCGAACCAAUCGUCUGCCUGAGGCGGCCUUCCUCGCCCGUACAUACCUGCCCAGCCAGGUGUCCAGGGUGGUGAAGCUGUGGAGAGAGAGUCUGUCUAAGGUUAACCAGAAGGCAGCCGAGUCUCUGGCCGAUCCCACAGAGUAUGAGAACCUGUUCCCAGGCUUGAAGGAGGCCUUUGUGGCUGAGCAGUUCCUCAAAGAGACCUGCCAGGGCAAGACCAAGCCUGCCACCGAUUACCCCCUGGUCACGCCGAACGAAGAGAGGAAUGUUCUGGAGGAAGCGCGAGACUACCAGCCCAAAGAAGGCGCUGCACCUGUUGAGCAGGUGUCGGAGCCAGAGCCAGCAGUCGAGGCCCCAGCAGCCGAGGCCCCAGCAGCCGAGGCCCCAGCUGCCGAGGCCCCAGCUGCCGAGGCCCCAGCAGUCGAGGCCCCAGCAGUCGAGGCCCCAGCAGUCGAGGCCCCAGCAGCAGAGGCCCCAGCAGUCGAGGCCCCAGCAGUCGAGGCCCCAGCAGUCGAGGCCCCAGCAGUAGAGGCCCCAGCAGUCGAGGCCCCAGCUCAAGCGGGCAUGUUUGCCUCAGUCAUGGCAGCAGUAGCGGCCCCUGUGGUGGCAGCAGUGGCAGCCAUGAGCCUCCCUGAACCCGAGCCAGUCGCCAAGGAGGAGGUGGCACCUGAAGAAGAGGAGCUGGCGCUCGAGGAAGAGGAGCUGGCGCUCGAGGAUGAGGAGCUGGUGGAAGAGGAAGAGGAGCUGGUGGAAGAGGAAGAGGCACUGGUGCCUGAGGAAGAGGAGGAGGAGGUGGUUGUGCUGCCCAAGAAAGAGGAGGUGGCACCUGUGGUAGAGGAGGUGGCACCUGUGGUAGAGGAGGUGGUGCCCCCCAAGAAAGAGGAGGUGGCGCCCCCCAAGGAAGAGGAGGUGGCGCCCAAGGAAGAGGAGGUGGCACCCAAGGAAGAGGAGGAGGCACCUGAGGAAGAGAAGACCCCCACAGCAUCAGCAGACUCGCAGGGAGAUGAGAUCCUGGACGAGCUGGAGGAUGACCUGGACAACAUGGAACUUGACGACAUUGACACCACAGACGUAAACCUGGACGAUGACUUCUUAGAUGACUAACACGCCCCUGUGCAGCAUUCAGGCCACCUCCUGUUUAUUUAAGAGACCAAACUCUUUUUGUAUUUCUACUUGAGUUGUGUGAGACAGUGAGAUUUGUGAAGUGCAGUGGAAACUAGUGCAUCAUGGGUGAUUUCCUACAUGAGGAUGGUGUUAAGGGACACAUCCUUUCUGAAUUUUUAUAUGUAACUCUUGCGCUCACCAUUCACACAGCUGCCCUUGCCUUGGAAGUAUGUAUUUCAUUAUCUAAAUGUAUGUCCUAACUUAGAGCAAUCAUUGUCCCUUCACUGAAAUGAAAUGAAAUAAAAAAAUUCCAUUAUUGUUUCAA